AUGAGGAGCUUUAUUCUGGGACUUCGUACAAUUUCUUGGGAAGCGAACCUAUCAUUUCACGGCACUCUCAUCAGAGCCCUCUGAGAACAGAGUAUGCGAUACCUUGGCUUAAUGAGCCCAAUUUCGUUUUUGCUGAUGUGAUAAGAGCAGAUCAAAACAGCACAGAUGGAGAAGAUGACAAGAUUUACUUCUUUUUCACCGAGGUGUCUGUGGAGUAUGAAUUUGUCGGAAAACUGAUGAUUCCAAGAAUAGCUAGAGUAUGCAAGAGGGACCAAGGAGGAUUAAGGACUUUGCAGAAAAAAUGGACUUCCUUUCUCAAGGCCAGAUUGAUUUGUACCAUCCCUGAUAAGAAUUUAAUUUUCAAUAUUAUCAAUGAUGUUUUUAUUCUCAAGUCUCCGUCUUCAAAGGAACCAGUAAUAUAUGGAGUCUUCACCCCACAACUGAAUAAUGUGGGGUUGUCAGCGGUGUGUGCAUACAAUCUGUCUACUGUAGAGGAGGUUUUCUCGAGAGGAAAAUAUAUGCAAAGUGCUACAGUAGAACAGUCUCAUACAAAGUGGGUACGAUACAAUGGGGAAAUUCCUAAUCCUCGACCUGGUGCGUGUAUAAACAAUGAAGCCAGAGCAUCAAACUACAUGAGUUCUCUAAAUUUACCAGACAAAACGUUGCAGUUUGUUAAAGAUCAUCCUCUAAUGGAUGACUCAGUGACUCCAUUGGGAGACAGACCUCGACUAGUAAAACGGGAUGUGAAAUAUACCCAGAUUGUAGUAGAUAGAGUCAGAGCUCUCAAUGGCACCAUAUAUGAUGUUAUGUUCAUCAGUACAGAUCGAGGAGCCCUGCACAAAGCCAUCAGCUAUGAAAAUGGAAUGCAUAUUAUUGAAGAAACACAGCUUUUCCCAAACUUUGAGCCGGUCCAAACUCUCUUGCUUUCAUCCAAAAAAGGAAGAAGAUACCUUUAUGCUGGUUCAAAUUCUGGUGUGGUUCAGUCUCCGGUGGCAUUCUGUGACAAGUACACCACUUGUGUUGACUGUGUUUUAGCAAGGGAUCCUUACUGUGCUUGGAAACCCCUUGAAGCUUCCUGCAUUGAUAUAUUUAAAGAAAGUGAAAUUGAAAGGAACUGGAUUCAGAACAUAGGUGGAGAUGCGUCUUCUUGCUCUGAUAAAGUAAAAGAGAAUUCCCUACAGCAUACAUUCAAGCAUGGGAGCACAGCAGAGCUCAAGUGUUCUCAAAAGUCCAAUCUGGCACAGGUAGUUUGGAAGUUCAAGGAUGAUGUGCUGAGAGUGGAGAGCCCCAAGUACCGUCUGCUGGAAAAGGCGCUGCUCAUCUUCAAUUUAUCAGAAGGAGACAGCGGUGUUUACCAGUGUUUGUCAGAAGAAAAAGUGAAGAAUAAGAAAUUUUCUCAAGUGCUGGCUAAGCAUGUUUUGGAACUGAAAAAGAUCCAGCAUGCCACGGUGGGCCCCACCAUGGCAGCUGCACCAACAGAAGGUAAUAGCGAUGUGCCAAAAGUGUCAGCCGUAUCAACCGAGGGGUCUACCACUCGCACCUCGACCACUCAGAUGGUACCGGUAACGACAGCAAGGAUAGUAACAAAGCCUGUUGGCCCUGUCCUAACAAGUGCAGCCUCCAACACGGAGCUCUUAAAUUCAAUUCCUGAUGCGGUCCCGGAAAAGACAAUGUUCCUCAAGUCAAAUGAUAACUUCCUGUUGAUGUUCCUCUUCCUCUUCUUUUUUAUUCUCUUCUUGUGCCUGCUCUCCUACAACUGUUACAAAGGGUACUUGCCAGGGCAGUGCUUGAAAUUUCGCUCUGUCAUGCUGCUUGGCAAGAAGAAAACGAAGUCGGAUUUUUCUGAUUGUGAGCAAAGCGUGAAGGAGACGCUGGUGGAACAAGGCAGUGUCAGCCACCAGAGUGGGGAGCAGCCGAAGCCAGCGCACGACACCGGCUACGAGACUGAACCCGACUGUGGGAAUGGUCAGCUGCAGCCUGGGGAUUCGCAGGCCUCCCGAGAGGCCAAGGACAAGCCCUUCGAUGUCAAGUGUGAGCUCAAGUAUGCCGACUCGGAUGCAGAGGGAGACUGA